AUGAGCUCUUUGAAGCAAUUUAUACGCAAUGUGCGAGCCUCGAAGACGAUUGCUGACGAGCGCGCGGUCGUCCAGAAAGAGAGCGCUGCUAUCAGAGCAAGCUUCAGAGAAGAGAGCGGGGACUCGAACGUCAGACGAAACAAUGUAGCCAAGUUAUUAUACCUCUUUACCCUUGGGGAGCGAACCCAUUUCGGCCAAAUCGAAUGUUUAAAGCUGCUCGCAUCACCUCGUUUUGCAGACAAGCGCUUGGGAUAUCUGGGUACAAUGCUACUGCUAGACGAGAAUCAGGAGGUUUUGACCUUGGUCACAAACUCUUUAAAGAAUGACCUCAAUCAUUCGAAUCAAUAUAUUGUCGGCUUAGCUCUAUGCACCCUUGGAAAUAUUGCAUCUGUGGAGAUGUCCCGAGAUCUGUUCCCCGAAAUCGAAACCUUACUUUCUACUGCGAACCCAUACAUCCGACGAAAAGCUGCCCUCUGUGCAAUGCGAAUAUGUCGGAAAGUUCCAGACCUACAAGAACAUUUCUUCGAUAAGGCAACCACUCUUCUGUCAGAUCGUAACCAUGGUGUUUUGCUUUGUGGGCUGACGCUGGUGACGAGUCUGUGCGAAGCUGAUGAAGUCGAGGGUGGAGAGGAAGGGAUUAUGGAGAAGUUCAGACCUUUUGUAGGAGGUCUGGUGAGGACGCUGAAGGCACUUUCGAACUCUGGUUACGCUCCCGAACACGAUGUGACUGGCAUCACCGAUCCAUUCCUACAAGUCAAGAUCCUACAAUUGCUGCGAGUUCUUGGUCGAGGAGAUCCACAAACAAGUGAGCAGAUCAACGAUAUUCUUGCACAAGUCGCUACAAAUACCGACUCGUCAAAGAACGUUGGAAAUUCGAUUCUCUACGAAGCAGUCCUGACUAUCCUGGAUAUUGAAGCAGACUCCGGCUUGAGGGUUCUUGGUGUUAAUAUCCUUGGGAAAUUUCUCUCAAACCGAGACAACAACAUUCGAUAUGUAGCCUUGAACACUCUGAUUAAGGUCGUUGCGGUAGAACCAAAUGCGGUACAGAGACAUCGAAAUACGAUUCUGGAAUGUUUGAGAGAUCCGGAUAUUAGUAUCAGGAGGAGAGCUCUCGACUUGAGCUUCACGCUCAUCAAUGACAGCAACGUGCGAUUAUUGAUUCGGGAGCUGCUGGCUUUCUUAGAAGUUGCAGACAACGAGUUCAAGCCAAUCAUGACGAGUCAAAUUGGUGUGGCUGCGGAUAGAUUCUCUCCCAACAAGAGGUGGCACGUUGAUACUAUGCUGAGAGUCUUAUCCUUGGCUGGUAAUUAUGUCAAAGAACAGAUCCUGUCGUCAUUCAUCAGAUUGAUUGCUACCACUCCUGAAUUGCAAACAUAUGCUGUCCAGAAGUUAUACAUUGGUUUGAAGAAAGACAUCACGCAAGAAAGUCUCACCCUGGCUGGUGCUUGGUGUAUUGGAGAAUAUGGUGAUGCACUUCUUCGCGGUGGACAGUAUGAGGAAGAGGAACUGGUUCAAGAAGUCAAGGAGAACGAAGUUGUGGACUUGUUCUCGUUAAUUUUGAACAGCAGUUAUGCAACUCAAAUCGCAACGGAAUAUAUCAUCACAUCUCUCAUGAAGCUUACCACGCGUUUCCAUGAUCCAGCACAAAUCGACAGAAUUAGACGAAUCUUAUCGAGUAACUCGGCUAGUCUCGAUGUCGAGGUUCAGCAACGAGCAGUCGAGUAUGGAAAUUUAUUCGGAUACGAUGCAAUCAGAAGAGGAGUUCUUGAGAAGAUGCCACCUCCGCAGAUCAAGGAAGAGUCGCGAGUGUUAGGCGAGGCUGCGAAGAAGCCAAACAAGGCCGCGAACCGAAAGUCAAAGAAUGUCAAACCUGCUGAACAAGAUCUUCUAUUCGACCUCAUGGGAGAUGGAAAUAUGCCAAGUGCAGAUCUUAAUGCCAAUAAUUCUCAAAACAACACAGACUUGUUGGCCGACAUCCUCGGUGGAAGCACUCUGCCAGCGUCGACAUCACCACCGGCUCAACAACAAUCCAACGUGAGCUCGAUCAUGGAUCUCUUCGAUUCUUCUGGACCAUCUCAAACUACGAACAACGCACCUGCUGCUGCUAUGUUCUCAGGCAUGUCUUCGCCACCUCCCCAGCCUGCGGCUCCUAGCAUCCCCACCAAUCCUUGCUACGACAAAAACGACCUUAAUAUCACCAUCCAAAUCCAACGCAAUGCAGAAGGCACUGUCCAAGUCAUGGCAAGAUUCAGGAACACAUCCAUGCACCAGUCAAUAUCCAGCAUCGCACUUCAAGCUGCCGUGCCGAAGACGCAAAAACUUCAAUUGAAUGCAAUGUCAAACCCAGAUUUAGGACCAGGAGCUGAGGCCACCCAGUCAAUGCGUAUCACUGGGACGAAAGGGCCCCCGCUUCGGUUGCGUCUGAAAAUAGCCUAUGCCCAUCCAUCUGUGGGUCAAGUAAUGGAUCAGGUAGAUUGGUCGGAGCCGAGAUAAGCAAAAAAUACUGUGUAGACUACGCAUUGCAUAGCAUUAGUCGGACGUUGAACAUGAAGGGCAAUCGCUCACACCGAGUGACUUUUUUAACACUCAUUGCCCCUGAGAAUUGCUCAUCAAGUUAUACAACGAAGUCCUGAG